UUUUCCCUACAUAAGGUAAACUUCCUCCUCAUUCUUCCCCUUCCUCUGUCUUCUUUGCCGUCUUGCUCGCCUGCUCGCCCAAGGAAGUGCGAAUACCAUGAAGAUCUUUAGGAAAAACUUGGUGCUUGAUGGCCCUGGAAGUGUUAAGAUGGUCCCGGAAGAAUCAGAUGAUUUGUGGCUUGCUUACAAUUUGAUUGCCGCGGGAGAUACUGUUGUUGCUGCUACAGUCAGGAAGGUUUUGAGAGAAGCAGCUUCAGGAGGAAGAGAUGCCGAAAGAGUAAAGCUAAAAUUAGAGAUCAAAGUUGAGGCUAUUGAGUAUGACAAGGAAGGAUCUGUUUUACGCAUACGGGGUAAGAAUAUUCUAGAGAAUGAAUACGUGAAGAUAGGGGCAUUUCACACCCUGGAGAUUGAUCUCCAUCGUCCUUUUGUAUUGAUGAAGGAUGUGUGGGAUUCAUUGGCAUUGGAUAUGCUUCAUCAAGCAUCUGAUCCUAAAGUGAGUGCAGAUCUGGCUGUUGUUCUGAUGCAAGAAGGCAUGGCUCAUAUUUUUCUUGUUGGUAAAAGUAUGACAACUACUCGCUCUCGUAUAGAAACUUCUAUACCUCGUAAGCAUGGACCUGCUGUUGCUGGUUAUGAUAAGGCCAUGCAUAAGUUUUUUGACAGUGUCUUGCAGGCCUUCAUUAAACACAUUGAUUUCAAGGUUGUUCGCUGUGCUGUGAUUGCAAGUCCUGGAUUUACUAAGGACCAAUUUCAUCAGCAUUUACUGUUGGAAGCUGAAAGAAAACAAUUGAGACCUAUCAUUGAGAAUAAGUCCCGAAUAAUUCUUGUACAUACUACUUCAGGAUACAAGCAUAGUUUGAGAGAGGUUUUGGAUGCUCCAAAUGUUAUGAAUAUGAUAAAAGAUACAAAAGCUGCACAGGAGGUCCGAGUGCUCAAGGAUUUCUUUGCCAUGCUUUCCAAUGAUCCAACGCGAGCAUGCUAUGGACCAAAGCAUGUUGAAGUUGCACAUGAGCGGAUGGCUGUUCAGACACUUCUCAUAACCGAUGAACUCUUCAGGAGCGCCGACAUAGCAACUAGGCAAAAGUACGUCAAUUUAGUCGAUUCAGUAAAGGCUUCAGGUGGCACUGUCCACAUCUUCUCAUCCAUGCACACUUCGGGAGAGCAACUCACACAGCUAACUGGAAUUGCUGCGAUUCUUCGCUUUCCUUUACCCGAUCUGGAAGACAUAGAAAUGUAAUGCCAUAGAUUUUUGGUGAGAUGGUUAUUAAUGAGUAAUAGUUCGUAAGUCACUUCUGUUGUAAUAUUUUAUGCUGUGAGGAGAAGUAUUAAAGUUUGUUGAAUGCUAUUCAUCAUUCUGUAUUUUGAAUAAAUUUGCAUUAUGUA